CCCCAUCCAUCAACGCAUACAGCCGCAUACACGCACAGCCGAAGAAGCCAUGCCCGAGUACUGCGUAACCGGCAGCACUGGCUUCAUAGCCUCCAACUUGGUCAAGACACUGCUCGAGAAUGGUCACCGCGUUCGCGCCACCGUUCGAAACCCAGGGGAUGAUGCAAACGUUGGAUUUCUGUGGGAGUUUAAUGGAGCCAAGGAGAGGCUGAAGAUAGUAAAAGCUGAUUUAUUAGAAGAAGGUAGCUUUGAUGAGGCAAUUCAAGGAGUGGAUGGGGUCUUCCACACUGCUUCACCUGUUGUUGUUCCCUUCAACAGCAACAUCAAGGAAACUCUUAUUGAUCCAUGUAUAAAGGGUACAAUGAAUGUACUAAAUUCCUGUUUAAAAGGAAACAGUGUGAAACGAGUAGUCCUCACCUCUUCCUGCUCUGCAAUUAGAUACCGCUAUGAUGUCCAACAACUUUGUCCUCUCAAUGAAUCCCAUUGGACAGAUCCGGACUAUUGCAAGAGCUACAACCUUUGGUAUGCGUUUGCAAAGACAUUGGCAGAGAAAGAGGCAUGGCGUUUGGCAGAAGAACAUGUGAUGGAUCUAGUCGUGGUGAACCCAUCUUUUGUUGUUGGUCCUCUGCUUACUCCACGGCCAACCAGCACACAGCGUCUCCUACUCAACAUUAUCAAAGGUGAAAUGGGCGAAUAUCCAAACUGUACAGUGGGGUUUGUGCACAUAGAUGAUGUGGUAGCAGCGCACAUCUUGGCUAUGGAAGAACCAAAAGCAUCGGGCAGGAUCAUAUGUUCGAGCUCAGUGGCUCACUGGUCGGAGAUCAUUGAAAUGCUGAGGGCUAAGUAUCCAUCCUACCCAUUCGAGAACAAGUGCAGCGACCAGAAAGGAGAGAACAACCAUCACACCAUGGACACAAGCAAGAUCUCUGAAUUGGGAUUCCCCGCUUUCAAGACGCUAGAGCAAAUGUUUGACGAUUCCAUCGAGAGUUUCCGACACAAAGGGUUUCUUUGAUUCCAUCGAGAGUUUACGACACAAUGAUUUUAACUUCUUUCAAAAUGAAACAAUUGAACUUCUGGCCUGUGGUUUUACCAAUUUGAAUCUGAACUCCGUUUCGAUUUA